AUGCGCAAACAGCACAUGGCUUUGAAAGCUUUGAUGAUGGCAAACAAACCGGUUCCGGCAAACAAGAUGAGCCCCCACUUCAAGGCUCUCGAUGAGAUUUUCUCGAAGGACCCCUCGAAUUCCCCCCUGAACAAAGCAUUGGAGAAAUGUCUUGGCGGGAAAGUCAAGGUGAUCAACUCUGCCAAAGGUAUCACUUCCAAAGAAGGUCAGCAAUCGAGUCCUAUCGUCGUUCUUCAGCAGCCGACGACCGACGAAAGGUCAAGCUUAGGGUCUGCUUUCAGUCAGUACAUAGCCAAACUCAUAGACGAGCUCGAUGACGACCAGAAGGACGAGGUGCAGGCCUACAUCAUCAGCUAUAUUUUCAGUCUUAAACAGCAAAAUCGCGGAGGAGGCACCGCGGCAGCAAGUGGGCCAUCUUGA